CGCCUCGCCUCUCAGUCAGUGUGAGGCCGUCGCGGUGUAAGGACGUCGCUGCCACUGCUAGCGCUACUGUUAGUGGUCCUUCGUGGUCUCCUGCCGCGUCGCCGUCUGUAGUGAGAGUGAGGCGCCAAAGAGCGCAUGUGUGAUAGUGUUGAGGGCCCCGCGCCAGACGCGUGAGCCACCAUGCCACUUUUCAAGCCCAGGAAACGUGACGAAGGGAGCAAUGGUGUUGACGACAGUAACGCCCAUCACCCGAGUUCCAGGCCGCCCACGAAUGGCCACACACCGCCCCCCGACCCUCCUGUCACGCGGCCUAAGCUAGUCUUCCACUGCCAGCAGGCGCAUGGCUCCCCCACAGGCAUUAUCUCGGGAUUCACAAACGUCAAGGAACUCUACCAAAAGAUCGCCGAGUGCUACGACAUCCCCACAGAAGACAUCCUGUUCUGCACGCUCAACACACACAAGGUCGAUAUGACCAAGCUUUUAGGCGGGCAAAUCGGCUUAGAUGACUUCAUAUUCGCACAUCGGAAAGGUUGGAGACCAUAUAGAGAAGAUCGAUGGUAAGUCUUUGGUGGGGCACCGGCACUACGAAGUGGCCAAAAUGCUCAAGGAGAUUCCACGUGGAACUACAUUUGUGAUGCGUCUUGUGGAGCCCCUCAAGGCUGGCUUCGCUAACAUUGGGCCAAGAUCUGACCCUCGUUCCGGUAGCAAGAAGGGCUAUGGCAGUGGAAAGCAAACACUCCGCUUCAAAGCAAAUGGUCAAGCGGAGGUUGAGGAUGCGCCUGAUGAUUUAUCAACAUAUGCUGUUGAAAAAAUCAACUCACUUCUUGAAGGAUUUAUGGGCAUAAACGACAAUGAUUUAGCCUCUCAGAUAUGGGAGUUGGGUCAGCAGAAGCAGAACACAAUGGAAUUUGCCGAAGCUGUGGACGAAUCUGACCUGGAGGCAUUUGGGUUCACCGAUGACUUCAUCUUUGAGCUUUGGGGGGCAAUUACCGAUGCCAAGGCUGGUAGACUGAAGAAAUAAGAGUCGGUACAAAUGUCAUAGAUACCACAAGGAUCUAGAGAUGAAAAUGGAAUGAGUAAUGCAUAUAGUAUAGUGUAAUGUUUACAAGACUUCCAUGAAUAUUGUGUUUUUACAUGAACAUUAUAUGGGUUAUACAAACUUUUAUUGUCCCUCUGAGUAUUGAAUUCAAGCAUAAAUAUGCAGAUACGAUGUGACUGUGUGUGUAAUAUUCAGUGGUUAUUGCAGUUUGAAUUAUAAUCCAGGCACUUCCUAAGGGAGAAUUCCUGGUGUCAAUAAAUAUGAUAAUAUUUUUACAUUAUCUGAUAAAGAACACAAGCUAAUCCAUGAAAGUGUUUGCUAUUUAGAGUAGUGAAGCUUUUUCAUAAUGAAAGGCAUAUAUACAUAUCUGUAAUGGAAAGACGAGCUUUCAUAAUAUAACAUCUCUCAAAUGUAAUUUUUAAAAUGUCAAUGCUUGACUGGAAUUAAAGUGACAAUUUCUGAUAACUGGAAACAACACCACAAUGCAAAGAUAUUAUGAGUAUUUUAUUUUUAUUUUUUUAAUUAAAGCUGCUCUUGGUGUAUGAUUAUCAUUUUGAUUUUAUACAUGCAGUCCACAGAGACAAUAAGUUCGUUAUACAAGUUGCUUUUCACGUGACUUUUAUAUAGCCAAGUGAGAAACAUGAUAUACAAUAUUACAAGAUGGUCUACUGAGCCUUGUGGUGUGUGCGAGUGUUUGUCAAGACUUUUUUACUUAAAGAAUGAACUCCUCAUCAUUACUUAGGUUUGAUAUACACUUUUAGGAGAGUCAUUUAUACAUCUGUUAGAUUUUACACAAUCCUGAUAAUACCAUAUUGCAGAAUGCAUGUGUGAAUGAAUGUUCUUAAUCAUACAAUCAUUAAGUCACCAGCUGAUUCCAAAUUUUCAUAAUUCACACAAUUAUAUACUGAUUAGUAUCUGCAGAAACAUGAACUGUAAUUAAGAGGCCUAAUUUUAUUGAAAUAUGCUUGAAAGUGAUAGGUACCACUUUCUUCACUUUUUGAAAGCUGGAUUAUGUGGAGCAAAAUUACAUACUUUAGAUAUCCCCUUCCUCAUGAAAACUGUAGUUACAUCCAAACCUUAUGUAAUGCACAGGAAUUUUGGCCAGUGUUGCUGUAAUAGAAAUGGAAAGCAGUUCACCAACUGAAGGAAAAUGAACUAGGAAAGUAUAAAAGAGUUUGAGAAGGACUAAGAAAGCUUGAAAAGUUAAUGGAAUUCAGUAGCAGUAGCCUGAAGUUAUUGUCAUACUGAUAUAUUUUUUCAUUGACCAAAUAGAAUAUGUUUAUUUGGUUCUUAAAACUUAAAGAUAUUUCCAUACUUUGAAUUCCUAUAUUCUUGAUACUGCUAGCUAGAUAUAGUAUGAAGUGGUGACGUCUGGACAGAUUCCAACUUCAUAAUCCCUUUUUAUUUGAAGUGACGUGUUUGUAUUGCUAGGUAAGAUGAAGAUGUCCUUACCACCAGAUUUCCAAUUCAAGUGUAAAGACAGGCAUAAAUGUAGGGUUGUGUUUUUGAGGAAUGCUGAAUGAUCUAGCUGCUACUCUUGUUUUCAUCUGCUUGAGAACUGACAGGGGACCCUUAAUACUGUAAAAAAAGGGAAGUAUGUUUCCUUUCCACAAAACUUACUAUACUUUUCUCUUGUGCUAAAAUAUUACCAUUAUACACUGUGAGAAAAAAAAACAGUUAAAGUUAAAAAUGCAUACACUCAAAAAUGCCUAAUCAUUUAUGUCAUUAUUUAGGAAUGAUUUCAAAUUUGUCUUAUAGGUAAGGUAAUAUGUAUUUAUGUAACUCAGUGAGCAUUUCCUUGUACAGUUAAUAUAAUGAGCUUUGUGUA